AUGGGACAGGAAAAACAGCUCAGGCAAUCUCCGAAGAGCUGCUGCUUGAGCCUGAUAAUGACAGUCAGUAGCAAGGCAGAAAGACCUGAUACAGCUACGCUCAAAUCCAGACAGUUUGAUAGCAUUAUACGGGCAUUAUAUGUGCACCUACCGCAAACAGUGGAGCUACAUCGUUUAUCACAGGAUAUUUAUGGUGAAACAUUUCCACCGGGCAGAUAUCGCUUCGGUUGCUUGUUCCAAGACAACACCGGAUGCAAAGAGAGUUUCUACUCGAAAUCAAAAACGGUCGCUGAAACCGGAUUUGAUGAGCGCGAUGAUUUUCCGAGCGGGAUUCGUACUUCACUAAAAAAUUGGCAGUCCAAGAACGGUUCGAUGACAAUCACAGUGGAACUUUUCUUUUAUACUAAGGAUUAUUUGAGCUGCCUGUUGCCGAGUAAACCAGAACCAACAGCGGCACAGAAAGCAAUUCGAAGAGCGUUGGUGGAAGAAAUGGAUGAGCUUGAAAAGUAUGCUUUUGGCUUCAGUGAAAAAUUGGUAACAAAAUCUAAGACAUUUUUCUUGGAGGAAGAAAUAUUAGCAAGAGGAACUGUUGGCGCUAAAUGA